GACAAGCGAGCGAGGGAGGGAAGACAAGCAAACAUGGCGGCGGCGGGGGGCUUGUUUACCCUAGAGACGUGGAAAAACUGGGAGAAAUCUGGCAAGGCGGAGGUCGUGCAGACAAUUAGGCAUCUUAUCAAAGAAAACGGAGACAACCCGGGCCUAUCCAAGCCUAACCACAGCCCGACGAAAGAUUUGUCGAGGGCACUGUAUGAAUUCCUGUCAGCCAUUGUCAGAGGUCAUUUACGGAGGGACUAUGCCAGGCCAGUGGUGGUGGACAUGGUGAACUGGCACCCAGAUAUGGCAUCGCAGCUGGUGGAGGUGGCGACGCUGCUGGACCUAGAGACAGCGGCAGUGGAGCGGUACAGCAGGAAUCGGGACAACCUGCUGGCCCUCCUUAAGUCCCUCGACGCGGACCGACUGCUGAAGGAACGCCUGGAAAUUGAGACUCUUGGCGACGCGGGAAUUGUUCGUCACAAGAAGAAUUUUCACACUAAGCAGAUCAAAGUCAAGACGAAGUUAUUUUACAAGCAGCAGAAAUUCAACUUACUGCGAGAGGAGACAGAAGGUUACGCCAAGCUGGUCACCGAGCUUAACCAAGAGAUCACUGACAGAAUCACCCCAAACUCCAUGAUACAAGUCAUUCGGAGCCUCAUUGGAGGGUUUAAUUUGGACCCUAAUCGCGUUCUGGACCUGAUCUUGGAGUCGUUGGAGUCGCGGCCACACCUACACCAGUUCUACACCGCCCUACUGAGUCAAUACCCAUGCGAGUCAGCCACCAUCAGUGAAAUCCUUGGCUUUAAACUGAACACAAAUGCCAAGGAAGGAGGAGGGAAGGAGUCGAAGGGCAUCUACACCACAAUAUCCUUGCUCCUUCAGGCCGGCAUCCUUCACCUGCAGGAUAUCUAUGUGUGGUUGACCCCCGAAGACUCCACAAUGGCGGAGGAGCACCAGCGAGAGGAGGCGGAGGCGCUGGAGAUGGCGCAUAGGGUGAACAUAGUCUCCACCAAGGACAAGGAGAAGGAGAAGGAGAAGGAGAAGGAGGAUGAGGAGAGGGAGAGGCAGGAACAAAUGAGAAAUCCUGAGAAAUAUUUGAAUAACCAGAAAAUUCAGCUGUGUAUUGCGCUGUUGCAGGUGGGUGACUGGGAGCACUUCCAGGAGAUCUCCAAGAGGUUCCCGGACCACUACCUUGUGUCCAUCCCGCCGGUCAGCCAGGCUCUCUGCACCCUCAUCCACACACUCUUCGAACUCGUCUAUCGCAAGGUAUGCCACCUCCCCAGCAGACUCCAGGGGACAGUCACAGAGCCCUUAGACAACCCCAGGGCAGUCCAGCCAGCCACUAACUACAAUGAACUGGUCUUAAUCACCUUCCCUAUGCUCACUGCCCUGGGCCCACACCUCUGCCACGACCCUGGGCUGAUGUACAAGGUUCUCAGGACAGCUCGGAAUGGGUUGAAGCAGCAGGUACGUGUGGGACCAGACGGAAUGCGUGGGCUCUUUUACUACGAAUUCCUGGACAUUCUAGACGAGGUGAUGCUGCCGGCCCUGUCCAUGCUUGACUCCAACCCCUGUAUGGCGGAGGAGAUCUGGGAGACUUUGAAAUUUUACCCUUAUCAACACAGGUACAAGCUAUAUGGCCGCUGGAAAAAUGAGACUUGCAACCAACAUGCGGCCCUGGUUAGGCGACGCACAGCUCUGCUCAAGAAGGCCAAAUUUAUCAUGAUGCGCAUCACCAAGGAAACUAUUAAGCCAGUCAGUCGCGGCAUCGGAAAGCUCACCCACAACAACCCAGCGCCGAUAUUCCAUUAUAUCCUGAUACAAGUCCAGCUGUACGACAACCUGAUAGGGCCGGUGGUGGACAGUUUCAAGUACCUUACCUCCCUGUCCUACGAUGUCCUCGGAUACUGCAUUGUCGAGAUACUGUCAGAAAACAAGGACAGGAUCGCUAAUGAUGCCAUGGCCAUCUCAUCGUGGCUGCAGGCGCUGUCCAGUUUCUGCGGUGCGGUGUACAAGAAAUACCCCAUAGACCUUGGCGGCAUCCUUCAGUUCGUGGCCAACCAGCUCAAGGCAGAGAAAUCCAUCGACCUGCUCAUCCUGCGGGAAAUUGUGCAGAAAAUGGGAGGAACGGACACCUUGGAGGACCUCACGCCGGACCAGCUGGACGCGAUGUGUGGGGGGGAGUUACUGCGUCGGGAGGCCGGGCAGUACCAGCAGGAGCGGAACACCAAGCGCUCCUCCAUCCGUCUGAAGGAGGCACUGCUGGAGCACGACCUCGGCAUCCCAUUGCUGCUCCUAACGGCACAGCAGCGCUCCUCUGUCGUGUACAACCAGACUGAAUCGCCGCACCUCAAGCUGGUCGGCAAGCUGUAUGACCAGUGCCAGGACACAAUGGUGCAGUUUGGGUCGUACUUGUUCCAAACGGUGACCAUUGACGAGCUGAGUGGCCGCAUGCCCCCCAUUGGCACACUGCUGUCCGACUGUCACGUCUCCGCUGAUGUCGCCUUCUUCCUCGCCAGACCCCUCUUCAUUAAUCUACUCAAUGCCAAGUAUGAUGAGCUGCGCAAACAAGACAAAGGGGAGAAGAAGAUGACGCUGGAACAGAAGAAGAUGCGCUACCUUGAGGCGUGUUCUGAAGUGUUUGGCCCCAUCGUCACCAGCAUUAGGCCACACUUCAGCAUUAAGGUAUGGGAGGACAUGGACCCUUCGUUCUUCCUGACCUUCUGGACCCUCACUAUGUCCGAUCUGGAAGUCCCUCACCACAUGUACGAGAAGGAGAUCAAGAAAAUAGAUCCUAAUCCCUCCAGCAACAAGAGGAAGAAGGAGACAGACAGACUGCUGGCACUGAAGGAGAAACUGCAGGAGGAGGAGAAGAGGCAGAAGGAACACGCAGAGAGGGUUCUGGCACGGCUGCAGCAGGAGAAAGACAGAUGGUUUACCCUAAGAGGCGCUCGUUCCCCGAAGAAUGAUACAGUGACAGCCUUCCUCCAGCUGUGUCUCUUCCCACGAUGCACCUUCACCACACUUGACGCCAUCUAUUGUGCUAAGUUUGUGAAAAUGUUGCACAGUCUGAAGACACCAAACUUCUCCACAUUGAUUUGCUACGACAGGAUGUACUGCGAUAUCACCUACACUGUGGCCUCGUGCACGGAACAAGAGGCACACCGCUACGCUCGCUUCCUCCUGGGCACGCUGGAGACGGUGAUGCACUGGCAUGCCUCCCAGACCAAUUACGAGAAGGAGUGUGCGUCCUACCCCGGCUUCGUCACCAAGUACAGGGUGUCACGGCAGGAGGCUAAUGAUUAUGUUGACUAUGAGAACUACCGACAUGUGGUGCAUAAGUGGCAUUACAAGAUUACUAAGGCCCUUAUCACCUGCCUGGAGAGUGGUGACUACAUCCAGAUCCGCAACGCCAUCCUCAUCCUGCAGGGCAUCAUCCAGCGCUUCCCUGCCAUCAUCAACCUGGCCAUCGUCAUUGAGAAGAGGAUCGAGAUGGUCAAAAUACAAGAACGGAACAGCAGAAACGACCUGUAUGUGCUGGCCAACAGUUACUCUGGGCGGCUGAAGGCAAUCAAGCCCAAUCUGCCACAAGAACCAGAAUUCCACAUUGUCCCCAAGCGCACCCCAGCAGCACAGAAAGUCAACGGCACCCCGGACAGUGCCGCCACAUCAGGGAGUGCCAGUGGGGGGGACAGCAAAGGCACUAACGCUGAGCAGGUGGAUAUCAAACAGGCUGAGGCAGUGGAGGUGGCCAAUGGGGACGUGGAGGUGAAGGAGGAGAGGGAGACAAAGAAGGGAGAGAAUAACAGCAAAUUAGCCAAAGAGAAGAGAGAAGGGGGAGAGAAGAAGGGGGGAGGAGGAGAAGAGGGAGAAGGGAAGAGGCCAGAGGAGAAGAAGAGAGAGGAGAAGGAGAAGAAGAAAGAGAAGGAAAAGGAGGAGAGAGAGGAGAAGGAGAAGCCAAGGAAGAGAGUUAAAGAAUCCAAGAAGAUCAAGCAGGAGGAGGAAGAGUUCCAGGAGGAGAGGGAGGAGAGGGAGCGAGGGGAGAGAGAGAGAGAGCGAGAGAGAGAGAGAGGGCAGCGCGACUUCCAACACUUCAUCAACUUCCGCCAAGAUGGAUCCACCCGAGGCUUCACCAAGAGGUUCAAAGCGGCGCAAGACAGAACACGGCAAGGUCAGUAUGCAACACUUGAAGGGUGAGCCAACAUAGUCUUAUUUCCAGUGUUAGUGUUAAGGCGCGAGAGAGAGCGAGAGGGAGCGAGCGAGCGAGAGAGAGCGAUAGAGAGAGAGAGAAAGAGAGAGAGGGGUCGCGAGGAUGUGCUUCCCUCCACCCCACACACACACAACCUGAUGGACCGACUGCACUGCCAAAUUACCUCUGAUUUCUACCGUUCUCCGCCUGGCUGCCCUUCCUCUUCCCGGGUGACCUGAGAUGACCCGCACAGUGACCUGGUAAUGUUUUGGCUGCCCCGACCCUCCCCCCUUCCUUGGCCCCGCUGCUGUGUCGCCCCCUGUCCGCCCCGCCAGGCCCCCCUCCCCUCGGCUGGAAAGAUAAUGACAAAUUGAAAGAUAUUGUAAGCCUCACCAAAAAAAGAGAGAGAGAAAGAAAGAGAAAUUAGAGAAAGAAAGAUAGAUCAUAUUUUGCUUCUCGUGACGCAGCGAAAGAGAAAGAGAUAGAGAGAGAAAGAUUAAAAACAUUAUUACAUCGAGAAAGAUAAAGAGAGAUAGAGAGAAAAAAGAUUAAGCAACAUUAUUACAUUGAGAAAGAGAAAGAGAGAGAGAGAGAAAAGAGAUCGAUGAAAGAAAAGAGAGACAAAUAAACAAACAAUUAAUCAACUCAGUGCUCAAUCAAGACAAACGGACAAACGGACAGUCGGACAAAACAAACAGAACUUCGAGAUUUUGUGUACCUGAAAAAAUGUGCAAAAACAAAACAAAACAAACAAACUCUUUCAUGAAAUUUCCCCUCUAGUUCCGACAGUACCUGAUGAACACACAAACGCACACACCCCCCAAACCCCGAGUGAAGUGUACGUACGUUUGUUUUCAUUUAAUUUAUUGGUGAAGACGUGCAGACACACACGCACACACACGGAAAAAUGACGCACAUGAGAAGUGAGGCCGUGUGCGUUUGUGUGCAUUUUUUUGGACAAGCCCAGUGGAUUGUGCAGGGAUACACACACACACACACACACACACACACACACACACACACACACACACACACACACACACACACACACACACACACACACGAUAUAACAAAAAGUAGUCAAUUUAAUCUUGUAAGUAAACCCUCUUAGUCUGCUUUGUGUGUGUGUGUGUGUGUGUGUGUGUGUGUGUGUGUGUGUGAGUGCAUGUGUGACAGACAGCCUUUGAUAAAAGAGCCAUUGUUAUUCAGCUGUGCCUGUCAUUUUAAUUCAUUUUAAUCUGACCAAACAGUCAUCUGUCACACCUGCCUUGCCCUGCCUUGCAUUGCCUUGCCUUGACUUGCCUUGCCUGGCCUGCUGAUUGAUUGGCCACACACAGAGAGAGAGAGAGAGAGAGAGAGAGAGAGAGAAUGUGGAAGAGGAGGAGGAGAGGUUGAAAUAAUCUAAUGAUAAUUGUAAGCUAUUUCACUUUACCAAAACGAGAGAGAGAGAGAGAGAGAGAGAUUGGACACAAAGAACAGAGAGGAGCUGGCUGGUGGAAGACUGCAUAGGGAGAUAGAGAUAGAGAGAGAGAGAGAGAGAGAGAGAGAGAGAGAGAGAGAGAGAGAGAGAGAUUGGCCACAAGGAACAGAGAGGAGCUGGCUGGUGGAGGACUGCAGAGAGAGAUAGAAAUAGAGACAGACAAACAGAGAGAGAGAGAGAGAGAGAGACCAUUUUGCUUUAGAAAUCUUAAGAGGAGAGACGAAAGGAAGACUAGGAGAAAUAAUAAUGAUAGAUGCAAUAAAGAUGAAACAGAGAGAGGUUAAGAAUACUAGAAAAAUAAAGAGAAAUGGUAGAUGUACUAGUUAAAAUAAGGUAAAGAAUAGGAGACAAAGAAGUUAGAUAAUGAUGAUAGGUAGAGGAAAUAAUGAUGAGUGCAAUAAAGAUGUAAGAAAGGAAAAAGAUAGAAAAAAAGAAGAAAAAGUCAAGAAUACUGAAGAAAUAGAUAAAUAUGAGAGAGAGGAGAGAGAGAGAGAGACAAAGAUUAGGAACGCCAUAGACAAAAAUAGAUAUAAAAAUUGGCAAAGAUGCGAUAAGAAAACUAAAGAAAAUAAAGAAAAAAUGAUGAAUGUACGAAUAAAGAUAAUGUAGAAAAUGGGAGACAGAAAUAAAAUAAUGAUGGAUGCAGUAAAGAUAGAGAAAAAAAAGAUAAAGUCAAGAAUAAUGAAGAUAGACAAGAGUUAGGAAAAGUUAGGAACGGUAGGGAAAUAAUGAUAAAUAUGAGAGAGAGAGAGAGAGAGAAAAGAUAAAAGUUAGGAACGGUUGAGAAAUAAUGAUAAAAAUGAGAGAGAGAGAUAAAACACGAAAGUUAGGAACGCCAUAAGAGGAGAUGAAAUAAUUGGACAGUAGAAGUGUUAGAAGAAUUGAAGAAGAGAAAAUAAUAAUAAUAAUAAUAGUAAUAGGACUAAAUGAUAAACAGUAAGAGUAGUAGAUGAAGAAGAAAAUAAUGAUAGCAGUGAAUAAUAAACAACAAUAAUAAUGCUAUAAACAACAACAAACAAACAAUCUUGCCUGAAUGGAUUAAAAACAUGAACUAACCCUCUGUGUGUGUGUGUGUGUGUGUGUGUGUGUGUGUGUGUGUGUGUGUGUGUGUGUGUGUGUGUGUGACCAAUGCUUGUGUGUGCGAUUGUGUGUGUGUGUGUGUGUGUUGGAGCAUAAGAGGAUGAUAGGAUGCAGAGUAGGAAUGCAAGGACAGUAGGACAUGAGGUUAGGUUAGGUGAGGCCCCCAGUGGUCAGUAGGUGCAGAAUUUACUAGUGAGAGAAACCACAGUGUAUUUAUGUUUGUGUGUGUGUGUGUGUGUGUGUGUACAGGAUUCGAGUGUGGCUCAUAAUGUCUUGUCUCAAUAUCUGUUUGUGUCAAAGUGUACCAGUGAAGGAAGUGUGUUUGUGGAGAAGUGUGUGUGUGUAGCAGUGUGUCAGUGAAGGAAGUGUGUGUGUGUGUGUAGCAGAGUGUGUGUCAGUGAAGGAAGUGUGUGUGAGUGUAGCAGAGUGUGUGUCAGUGAAGGAAGUGUGUGUGUGUGUAGCAGAGUGUGUGUCAGUAAAGGAAGUGUGUUUGUGGCCGCAGGCAGGGAGUGUAUUAAAGAGAUUGUGCCGUGUAACAAAGACAGGUUAGAGAUUAGAAGCACAUGACAAUAAUGGCUCUUUUGAUCUUUUAUUUAUCUAUCUAUCUAUUUAUUUAUUUAUUUAUUUAUUUAUUUAUGUUCAAGUUAGGAAUGGAAGUUUUCAUGGCUGUUUUUUAUCUAUUUAUAUUUAUUUUAUAUUUUUGAGUUAGGAAGGAAAAUAUUUGCCUUUAUCUAUUUAUCUAUCCAUUUGCUUUAUAUUCCACCUUUGUCUGAUUUAGAGGUUGCUUUACUGAGAGAGAGAGAGAGAGAGAGAGAGAGAGAGAGAGAGAGAGAGAUUAAAAGAUAUUAUUUCCUCUGAAUGUGUAAACAUGAAUGAAAAAAUGAAAACUAUUGUGUGGAGAGUCAAACGAUGAAUUGAUGUGUGUGUGUGUGUGUGUGUGUGUGUGUGUGUGUGUGUGUGUGUGUGUGUGUGUGUGUGUGUGUGUGUGUGUGGGGUGGGUGGGGGUGGCAGGAACUAAGAGGAGAAAGAAAAGAAAAGAAAGGAAAAGAAAAAUUGGUCAUGAACUCAAAGCAAUAAAAGUUACAAAAGAUUAAACACACACACACACACACACACACACACACACACACACACACACACACACACACACACACACACACACACACACACACA